AUGACGGUGAGAAAUCUGUUUCGAGUGCUAUUCCUCCGAGUUCUGAAAUCUCCGACCGUCUCGAACAUAUCAGUUUUGCUCAUCAUCUCAGUGGCAACCGUCUUCUUUAUAGUCUAUGAAAACAUGGUGAUCACUCAUCGUUAUAUGUAUCUUGAGGAUAUCACAGCAGAAGGAAAGGUGGACAGGGUUGAUAGUGUAUACAAGGAUCCUCUAAUUCCCCCAUUCAAUGGCACCAGGGAAGAAAGGAUAGCUUGGUUCGAGAAGCAGCUUCCGAAAUUGGAGUUGUUCAAAUCGAGAAGCUCGAACUCGAAAUUUCACGACCAAGUUUCGGGUUUUCGCGACAGUAACUGUAGAGUGCAGUACUUCAUGGUAUGGUUUUCACCAGCUCAAUCAUUCGGGGUAAGGGAAUUCUCUGCUGUAGACAGCCUCUUCAAGGCAAGUCCUAAAGGUUGCUUGAUGAUUUUAUCACCAUCUCUUGAUUCAAGACAAGGGGACCGGAUUCUGAAACCACUAAUCAACGGCGGGUUUAAAGUCCUUGCGGUGACACCGGAUUUGCCUUUUUUAUUGAAGAACACCCCAGCCGAGAGUUGGUUCAAUGAGUUGAAGAGCGGUAGACAAGAUCCGGGAAGCAUUCCGCUGUCCUACAAUCUUUCCAACUUGAUCAGGCUAGCAAUGCUAUACAAGUAUGGGGGGGUUUACUUGGAUGUAGAUUUCGUAAUUCUCAAAGACUUCAUCGGAUUGCGGAACGCAAUAGGUGCACAAAGCAUAAGUACAAUCACCAAGAAAUGGACACGAAUAAACGGUGCGGCUAUGAUCUUCGACGAGGGGCAUCCGAUUCUAUACGACUUCUUGGAGGAAUUCGCAGCAACCUACGAUGGAAGUAAAUGGGGACACAAUGGACCAUACCUUAUUUCCAGAGUGAUUCAAAGAGUUGAAAACAAACCUGGUUAUAACUUCACAAUCCUGCCACCUAAAACCUUCUAUCCAAUGGAUUGGAUCAAAAUAGCCAGAUAUUUUAAGAAGCCCUGCACAGAAUCAGAACAGAAAUGGGUUGAAUACAUGUUGAUCGAACUCGAAAGAAGCACUUACGCGAUACACAUAUGGAACCACCGAACCAAAGAGUUGGCGAUUGAAGACGGAAGCGUCGUGCAAAGACUAAUCUCGGCUCACUGUGUUAUUUGCCAUCAGAGGAACCCCUAUUGA